AUGGAGGAAAAAUCGAAAUCUUCUUCCUUCUACAUCUUAAAUGCAGGCGCACUCCUGCUUAUCCUGUCGGUCGUGGGGAGCACGUUCAGAUUCAUGGUGAUAUCUGCGACGCUGGUUUCAUGGCUCCAGACCCAAUGGCUGAGAUAUACCUCGCUCCUCAAGAAGCGGCGGUCUGCACGACUUGCAGCAGCAGCAGAUGAAGCCCGCACUCGACACAGAACGCAGGUCGCUGACAUCAGCGAAUCUAUUGGAGAGAAUGUGAUUUCAUUGCUAGAUCAGAGACGAGAGCGGGCUCUCAAGCUGAGUCAAGAGAGAGAGAGGAAGAGGCAUGACCAUGAACAAGUCGUAAUGAAACGGGUCAUGGAGCACCUGAUAGCGUUUCAAGAGUCUCAGGAAAGAGAGAGGAUCAACAAAGACCAACAGCUUAAAGCUCGAGAAGACAAUAUUCUGGCUCGAGAGAGAAAAUCAAAGCAAGCCGAGGAGGCGCUACAAGCACUACAGAAGAAGCUGGAAGAGCGAGAGCAAAGGUUGAAGGCUGCAGAGGACAGCAGCGCUCGCAAGAUACACUUGCAACAGGAGGAAUUUAGGACGCAAGCAAUCCAACCCGCGGUCGUAGCCUUCAAUCCUACUCCAGUCAAAUUCACCCUACCUUCAGAUCUGUUGGAGUACGCCGGGGAUCUGGAAUUAUACUUCACAUGCAUUGGAGUUACGAAAAAGGGCACACGCUGUCGCCAAAGCAUGAUCUCAAACGCCGACAAGUCGGCUGCUGCUGGCCGGAUAGCAAGAAUGAAGUCGAGUAACUGUGAAGCCGCGUUAUUUGAACUGAAUGCUCUCCGGGAGUUGGCAGACUGGAUGCUCUGUCCUCUCUGGCAUCGUUAUAAGCUCCCGCAGGGGCCCGAGAUUGCGAGCCGAUGGUACUUCGAAUUGAGCGAUGCGAGGGCAAGACUGAAAAGCCAGGCAAAUGCAUUGACCCCGAAUAAAGGCUUUGGAGCAGCCAGCACGCCUUCGACGGGAGUGGCGAGCGUCUUCAGCAGCAGUAAUACUAGUAGUACAGGGACGGCCGCGUCGGUGCAGUCAGUGUCGUACACAGGCUCGGGCUUCCAGUCCAUGAGCCCUCCAGGUGCAGGACAGCUGUUCCAGAAGCCUGCAGCGCGAAAUCUGACUCCGAUGUUUGAAGCUAUGGCGCGGCAGCCACGAUGA